GGAUGAUGAGGCAUAGCGCGGCGAUGACAAAGAGCGGCCGUGGCAGUGUUGAUGUUUUGUCGUUUUCCCCAAGGCUUUGCUCUUCCCUCUCCUGCUGACCGACUCAAAGAAGCUAAUUUCCACCCAAUCUUCUCCAGCUUAUGGGAUGUUCCCACUUGGAGGCGGUUUUCUUUGCUCGGCACGGCGAAAAGGGACGUGGUGGCGAUAAUUGAACCCUACCAGAUCCAAUUCCCCCGAUUUUCCAGGGACUGGCUUCGAUCCAUUUAUUAUUUUUUUUUCUUUCUUUCUUUCUUUCUUUUUGAAUCAUUCUUACUGGCCAGUGCCUUUUUGUUUACUUACUGGAGUAGUAUACCGAAUUAUCGCCUGCGCUUGCGUCGACCGCUCCAACAGUUCAUGAAACUCGACCCCAAAUCCCUAUCCGUCGUACUAAUCAGAUUGGGUAUUUUGUAGAAUCCUGCAGGGCAUAAUCAAAGUGCAUGGGACGCCUUCUGCGGUGUCAACUUCACUUUUCCCACUCUGACAUGUUUGAUC